UGCAACAUCUGUAACCUACAUACCAAUUAAAAAGAAAGAGGAGAAAAACAAAGAGCGACAUAAAACCUUCAAAAAAAAUCAUCAAGCGGGUUUGAAAUUGAAUUGAAAGUUGAAAGUGAGUAAUGGAACCAGAAGACUGGGAUUUGAGCGGUGAAGACCUUGAUUCUCUUGAAAGAGACGCUUUCCAGAAAAUCGCUCAACUCCGCUCCCACCCUUCAAACCCUCCUCCUCCUCCCCCCCCUUCACGUCCUCAAAGAGUUGAUGCUUUGCCUCAAGGACCUGCUAGACCACUUCCAAACAACACUAACAACGCGGUUGAGCAUUCUAAAGAAUUGACUAAAGCUUCGGUCAAAUUUUUUCUCCAUUCCACUGGAAAUAUUGCUGCAAAAUUUCAAUAUGAUCAGGUAAUAGUUGCCGCUUUUAGAAGAAUCCCUAAAUCAUUUUGGAAUGCCAAAGAACGCUUAUGGUUGUUCCCUCUCUCUUCUUUGUCAGAAGCCGAAAAGGUUCUUAAAGACGUAUCCGGUUAUAAUGUUCAGGUGGAGAACUUGGAUCCCUUAGUGCAACGUGCUAUUACUGCUGCCACUUCUGUUCCUGAUCUUCGAGAUCGAUAUGAUAAGAUCCCUAGCGAUGUUGAAUCAAAACUUUUGCCAUUUCAGCGAGACGGUAUAAGGUUUAUAUUGCAGCAUGGAGGUCGUGCUUUUUUAGCAGAUGAAAUGGGACUGGGGAAAACGUUGCAGGCCAUUGGUGUAGCUGCAUGCGUUCAGGAUUCGUGGCCUGUUCUCAUACUUGCACCAUCUGCAUUACGUUUGCAAUGGGCUUCUAUGAUUCAACAAUGGCUGAAUAUUCCUUCAUCAGAUAUACUUGUUGUCUUAUCUCAAAUUGGUGGAUCAAAUAGAGGAGGUUUCAAUAUAGUAUCUUCAAGUGUGAAAAGCAAAAUUCAUCUGGAUGGACUAUUCAACAUUAUCUCAUAUGAUCUGGUGCCAAAGAUGCAAAGUACACUCAUGGAGUCUGACUUUAAGGUUGUAAUUGCUGAUGAGUCACACUUUCUGAAAAAUGCCCAGGCAAAGAGAACAACUGCUUCUCUUCCGGUUAUAAAGAAAGCACAAUAUGCAAUAUUGCUUAGUGGAACUCCUGCUUUAUCACGACCAAUUGAACUAUUCAAACAACUGGAAGCUUUGUAUCCUGAUGUGUAUAAGAAUGUUCAUGAAUAUGGUAACCGGUAUUGCAAGGGUGGAAUGUUUGGAGUUUAUCAAGGGGCAAGUAAUCAUGAGGAAUUGCACAAUUUGAUGAAGGCAACAACGAUGAUUCGGAGGCUUAAAAAGGAUGUUCUUUCUGAACUUCCUGUAAAGCGUAGGCAACAAGUCUUCUUAGACUUGGCCGACAAGGACAUGAAGCAAAUUAAUGCUCUAUUUCGUGAGUUGGAGAGGGUAAAGGCCAAAAUUAAGGCAGCUAAGUCACAAGAGGAGGCUGAAUCACUCAAGUUUUCUAAACAGAAUAUGAUUAACAAGCUUUAUACCGAUUCUGCGGAAGCCAAGAUUCCAGCUGUUCUUGAUUAUCUUGGAACUGUAAUUGAGGCAGGCUGCAAGUUUCUCAUAUUUGCACACCAUCUACCAAUGAUUGAUGCGAUACACGAGUUUCUUCUUAAAAAAAAGGUUGCUUGCAUCCGGAUUGAUGGAGGUACACCUUCUGGAUCAAGGCAACAAUUGGUUACAGAGUUUCAGGAAAAAGAUACUAUCAAGGCAGCAGUGCUAUCUAUCAAAGCUGGAGGUGUCGGGUUAACACUGACUGCUGCCAGCACAGUCAUCUUUGCAGAAUUGUCUUGGACUCCUGGUGAUCUAAUUCAGGCCGAAGACCGAGUACAUAGAAUUGGCCAGGAGUCCUCGGUAAAUAUAUACUACUUGCUUGCCAAUGACACAGUUGAUGAUAUCAUAUGGGACACAGUGCAAAGCAAACUGGAAAAUUUGGGGCAGAUGCUUGAUGGCCAUGAGAACACCUUAAAGGUCUCAGAUGAUCAGCCACCAUUGAGUAGCCCUGCAAAGCAAAAAACUCUUGACCAUUUUGUCAGAAGAUGUGACAACAGCACAGGUGGAUUGGAACAUCAGUCAACCCCCAAACGUCCCCGGUACUGACUCAAAACUAUAGUGAAAUGCAGGUUCUCAUAGUGGAAUAUGAUCAUUGUUGACUCUAUGUUACUCACCCCCGGAUAAAGGCAUCUAUAGUAGCUAACAGCUAUUUGACUAUAGUUCAUACUUCAUAUGAAGUAGGUGGUCAGCACAGCUGGCGACUCUAAACUAUGCUGCUGGUGCUGGAAAAGCUGAUCGUUUUAUCAGAUGGUUAUGAAGUCUCCCAAUAGAUUUUUGGUGCACCCCUUAACUACUUCCCCCCUCCUAGUUGUGUGGGACUUGUACAGAGUACCUUAUCAUAUGAAUUUAGCUUGUAAAUUACUCUACUCAAUACAAAGUUUUGUGUUGCUGCCAUGUAAGCUAUCUAACUGUACUUCUUUUGACGGUGAGUUGCUUAUACAAGAGUGUUUAGAUUCCCCAUUUUUUCAA